UUUAUCGAUAGUAUAAUCGACUUGUACCGCCGAAAAGUAGUUGACUUCUUCAAUGUCAUUUACCAUUAUUUGUUUGCGUAGCCAGAUCUUGUCAUUACCACAUUCAAGCCGACCGCCUCAACAUGCCCAGUUUGAAGGAUAAAGUUGUCAUCGUGACCGGAGCCAGCUCGGGAAUCGGAGCAAGCACAGCCGUGCACCUGGCCAGCCUCGGCGGACUCCUGGUCAUCGUGGGUAGGAAUGUAGAUAAGCUGAAGGAAACUGCCGAACAGAUAGUGGCCGCUGGAGGAGCACCUGCCCUCCAGGUGGCGGCGGACAUGAACAGCGAGUCGGAUGUCCAAAGUAUCGUAUCCGUCACGUUGGCCAAGCACGGACGGAUCGACGUGCUGGUGAACAAUGCCGGCAUUCUGGAGCUGGGCUCCAUCGAGAACACCAGCCUGGAGCAAUUCGAUCGCCUGAUGAACACCAAUGUGCGGGCGCUCUACCAGCUGACCAUGCUGGUGACGCCGGAAUUGGUCAAGACGAAGGGCAACAUUGUCAACGUUUCCAGCGUCAACGGCAUCCGCUCUUUUCCCGGCGUCCUGGCCUACAAUGUCUCCAAGGCGGCUGUGGAUCAGUUCACCAGGUGUGUGGCGCUGGAACUGGCCCCCAAGGGUGUCCGUGUGAACUCCGUGAACCCCGGCGUGAUCAUCACCGAGCUGCAGCGGCGCGGUGGACUGAACGAGGAGGCGUACGCCAAGUUCCUGGAGCACGCCAAAAAUACCCACGCUCUGGGUCGUCCCGGAGAAGUCAAGGAGGUGGCUGCGGCCAUUGCCUUCCUGGCCAGCGAUGAGGCCAGCUUCAGCACCGGAAUCAGUCUGCCCGUCGAUGGAGGUCGUCAUGCCAUGUGUCCCAGAUGAGAACUAGGGGGCCAGUCCCAUCUUGUUCCUUAUUUUUGAAAUGUUACUCACCAGAACGCAUUUAUGUGUCCUUAAGCUUUAAAUGGCCAGUUCUCAAGACCAUUAAAAAAAAUACACAAUUUAUCGUCGUUAAUAAUUAUGUAAGUGCAUAGUAAAUUAGCGCGGUUCAAAAAAAAUUACUUUUGCCAUUGUUAAAAAAAUUUAUUUUUACUGACAUUAAGUAUCAUUGCGCAUCUGCUGAAAAUGAUCUAGAUUUAGACAAAGGGUGUUAGGUCUCUUAAGACUUGGGCAAUAACGCACUUUUUUGAGUGAGACAACUCCCAUAAUCGUUCUCCUACUGAUUGGAUAGCUCCUAAUCAUCUCUACCAAUGGUAAAUAUCUUAAAAAUAAAUCCAGAAGAAAUAUAAAGAUGUUUUUAAAAGUUCCAUUCUGUUCCUUAAGUUUUCUUUUAAUUUUGGUUUAAAUAAAAACGCAAAUUUCGGCAAGCCUAAUUUUUCAGAUCAAUAUCUAUAAAUUUAAAUUGACGAAGUUAUAAUAUUUUUAUUUAUUUUUCCGAUUGUUUUUAUGAGACUGAUCCGGCUUUUCGGGAAAAUUGCAUCCGUGUAGCUUUAAAACUAAAAGAUCAGUUUUGGGUAGAUAGAUGACGAUCCUGGCUGAAUCGACUUUUCUAGUGGUGCUGAAUCAAGAAUACAUCUAUAUACUUUAUAAAAUUGGAAAUGUCUGAUUGCAGAUUUUAUUUCGUUUUUUAAAAUUUCUGAUUUUGCUUUCCUUACACUAGUACUUUUAUAUUUCCUC